GGACACGUGGUGCGCUGCUCUGGCACGGCGAGCGGCGAGCGAGGGCCCCUUCCGAGCAGCGUUCCCAUCAUUGAUCCCAGCGCGGCGGUCGGUCCGCUGCUGAGUGAGCCGGAGUGAGUGCGCCGUCAACGUUGCUUGGCCCCCGACUGUGUUGUGGCUCGUCCCCGGACAGCACGCCGUGUGGAGGAGACAGACAUGCGCCGCGUCCCUCGGAAACCCUGGUGCGUGCCCGGAUGAGACGCGGACGUUGGUUGAUCCGGAAGUAGUGGACGCACAAGCUGCUCUGCUAGUGUGUCUUCCUUCGUUCGUGAGGUGCGCGGCUGGUCAAUGACGGUGUACCGUUCUCGGCCCCGAAACGAAAGAACCCACUGCCCGGGCCGUCGUGCGAAAGACCAUCGGCCCGGAGUGAUGGUGUACGUUCUCGUGCCACCGUUGCUGCUUCUCCUGUCGGCGAUCAUCGGAAUAGGUCCCGACUUCGCUUCAGGCCAGGAGACGACCGUGACUGGCCUGGUGGGUGAGUCGGUGCGGCUGCCCUGUGACGUGGACGUGAAGCGCUGCGGGAACGUCUACUUCAUCACGUGGACCAAGAACGUGUCCGACGUGUGGAAGCGCAUCUACCUGUACAGCAAUGACGUGGAGAAGCCGCUCCAGGAGCUGGCCAACCCGGACCGGGCCGAUUUCUUCCUGCGCAACUCGACAGCGCAGCUCGAGAUCUUCCCGCUGCGAUUGGCCGACGAGGGCCAGUACAAAUGCGACGUCACCUACGUCAGGGGAAAGUGCCCCUCCCUCUCCUACGCCAACCUCAUCACCCUGGCCAAACCGAGUGUGCCGGUGAUCGAGAUGCAAGGGCAGACACUCGAGAGUGGCGCCACGGUUGGACCACUGCAGGAGGGCGACGUGCUCAGCCUGACGUGCAAGACGUUCGGCGGCAAGCCCAUCCCAAAGGUGGCGUGGUACAAGGGCGACCUGCAGCUGUCCGCCACCGUGGACGAGAGCCGCGGCGAGCGCGGCGCGGGAGACGUGGCGUCCACUUUCGCGACGCCCCUCAGCCGCCAGGACCUCGGCUCGCGCUUCGAGUGCACCGCCACCAACGAGGCCCUCGAGCAGCCCAUCCGCAGCUGGGUCGAGCUCGAUCUGCACGUGAAGCCCCUGGAGAUCGAGAUGGAGAGUCCCAGCAUGCCCGCAAAGGCGGGUACUGCCCUGCAGGUGCGCUGCGUCAUAUCCGGCGCGCGACCCGUCGCAGAAGUGGUGUGGUACAACCGGACGACGCGCAUGACGCACCAGCCGCAGCCCGCAGUCGAGCCUCUGGGCGACGGCACCUUCCGCACAGUGAGCACGCUCGAAGUUGUGCUGACGCGCCAUGACCACGAAGGCAGCUUCAGCUGCAAAGGCAGCAACCCUGUGCUGGACGCCUCCGGGGAGCCACCGCUCGAAAGAACCGUAGACCUGCUCGUUCUCUAUCCACCGGAGGUGAAAAUCGAGCAGAGCCGGGUGGGUGUGGUUAAGGAGGGCGGCCACGUGGUGCUGCACUGCUCGUACACGGCCAACCCGCGCAUGAUCCUCGACAUGCGAUGGUUCAAGGACGACGCGCCUCUGCGGUUCGACCAGGACGAUCGGCUGGAGCCCAGCAAUCCGGGGCUGCCCACGCUCACCAUACGGCAACUGACGAGGAGAGACCGUGGACGGUACAGCUGCGGCCUGCGAAACGACAUCGGCUGGGGAAACUCUACAAACAUUGCCCACUUGGACAUCCUGUACGUGCCGACGGUGGCGGCGGUGGUGUCUCCUCCGUUCCUGGAGGAAGGCCCCGGCACUCGAGUGACCCUGUCGUGCAACGUGCUCGAGGGCAACCCGGGUCAGCUGCGCCGCGUGCGCUGGCACCGCGACGGCGAGCUGCUCAACGAGAGCACCGAGCGCGUGGUCGUGUGGGCCGACGUCAUGCGCAACGCCACGGGCAACUACUCCUGCCAGGGCGAGAACGACGCCGGAUGGGGGCCCGUGUCCGACACCCAGGAGCUGGCCGUCUAUUAUCCUCCCGGUCCCGCGAGCGUCGUGCACGCGAGCGAGUACGCCGUGAAGGGCAAGACGACGACCCUGAGCUGCGUGGUUGAGGACCCGGGCCUCCCGCCGGCGACGCACUAUCGCUGGGAGUUCGAAGGCGAGCUCAUCGCCACCGCCACCGAGGCCGAACUGGUGACGCCGCCCGGAAGUCUGACGUCACGCGGCCGAUACUCCUGCGCGGCCGUGAACGACGUCGGAGCUGGACCCAGCGGAGACUACGAGCUUCCCGUGCUGGCACCGCCGUCGUUCAUCGACCACCUGCCCGGCGUGCACGGGGCGCUGCAGAACUCGACGGACGUGAGCCUGUCGUGCCGCGUGGAGUGCGAGCCGGCCUGCGUGAUCGAGUGGCUGCGCGCCGGCGAGAGCAUCGACUACAGCCCGCAGUUCAGCAUCCAGAGCACGCCACACCCGGAGGAGCCCGCGGAGAACCGCUUCGCCUCGGUGGUGAGCACGCUCAAGUUCGACAUGACGCAGUGGCCCGGCGGCGUCCUCGACCGGAACUUGGACAACACCACGUUCACGUGCCGCUCGAGCGGCAACCUGGUUGGCCGAGCGGUCUCCUCGACGACGCACUUCGAAGUCGAGUAUCCCCCGGAAGACAUCGAGGUGUCUGAAAAACACUUGCUCGUCGACGAGGGAAACGUGGCCGAAGAGAUUACGUGCACGGCCAACUCGAAGCCGCCGAGCGAGUACAUGUGGAUGUACAACGACCAGGUCAUCUCGGACAGCCCGCUGCUGUUCAUGAACUACAGCCUCGGCCGUGAACGCAGUGGCAACUACACUUGCGUCGCUAGCAAUCGUCACGGAUCGACGUCCGCAAACACCUACAUUGACGUCAUCUACCCACCCUCGUGCGUGCUGUACACGAGCAAGAAUUCGGAGGGCCAGGUGACACUCAUCUGCGAAGUGGACGCCAACCCAGCGCAGGUCAACAUCACCUGGAUGUUGGGCAACGAGACGAUCGAGCGGAACAUUUACUCGGAAGGACUGCGCAGCAUAUACACCGUGCCCGACUCGACAGCUCCCGAGUACUACGGCCUCUACCUCUGCCAGCCCAACAACUCCCUGGGAGGCGCAGAGUGCGAAUACCGAGUGAAUGGUCCCGGCGAUGCCUACAACCAUGUAUACCUGGACGAUGAGCAAGUUAUGAUGAUUACGGGCAUCGCGGGACUUAUCGUUUUAAUAUUCAUUAUUAUCAUCGUUGUUCUGGUGCUUAUAAUGAAGAGAAAGCGGCGGAGAGAUCUCAACAGCCCGGUGAAGGCAAAGUCAAAGGCUGGAGCCGAACCGGUGUACCAGAACGUCGAAGGCAAGACGGAAAACGGGCCCCCAUCGAUGGCGAACAACGAGCCUGAGAACAGGGCCACGUACGAGAACAUGCCUUUCCACCCUCAGAGGAAUUCCAAGGGGGUGCAACUUCUGCGCACUAACCACCGUGAAGGGGUCGUGUACGCAGACCUCGCGUUGCUCAACAACUCGCACAAAGCGGCAGUCCUGUCCUCUAGAAGGGAAGGCGGUCCCACGGAGUACGCCACGCUCAAAUUCCACCAAACGCUAGACAACGCAGCGGCCGCCUUACAGGCCCGAUAUCAAUGACGAGCUCCUGUACGCUGACAUGUACGAGGAUGUGAAAGCUGGCCGGAUGCCGGACCCUCGCCUGGUCAAGCCCCCAUUGCCCCCAAAGGGAGGCGCCGGCCCUCCGCCGCCACAGCCCCAAGUGCCGCCCAAGGCCCGCAAGAAGGCAGGCCGCAGUGGCGCCAAGUCAGGCGACUGAGCAACUGCUGCUCCCAGCACCAACCGCGCCGCCGAGCCGCUACAGCAGCUUGAUGCCGUCACGGGAUUUCCACUGCAGUGAGGCCGAGAAUGUCAGGGCAGACAGGCCUCGGAAUAUCGCGCGGAGUCUGCGAUAGAACUUGAGUUAGGAGGCAUCCGAGUAACACACAUCAGUACUUCGCGAGGACAUCCUCAAGCCCACGUCACGAUCGAAGUGCACUCGGACUAAAAAGCAAAAUGGCGCAGAAUCUCUGAAACUCCAAAAUAUAAUUCAAUUGCUUUAUUUUACGGUGUGGAGGUCUUCAUCCAGUAUUUUUGCUUCAAAAUGUCUAGACUUUCUGGGCUUUUUUUUUUCUUGCAACAUUUCUUGAUGCUUUUGGGAACGUUCCAUCACAUAAACUGAUUCGGCGUCUUUUCUAACAGAACCAUCUGGAUUAGGCUUUUGGUGUCUCCGAAUGACAGCAAAAGCUAUCGCUAUCGUUAGGACUUUUCGAGAAAGCAAAAGCGAUCUGCUAGGACUCCACUUACCACCCUAGCGAAGCGGCUUGCAAGUGAUAUUCUGCGCCUGUCUCUGCGUUCGCCUGAGGGCGAGGCAGUCUCGGUCUCGUUCUACCGUCGGGUGGUCUUCGAGACUCCGAACACGUCCGGCCAUCGCUUCGAUGACAGCACCUCCGCCUCCUGCUCGAGGGAGCUCAACAGGCGGUGUUCAUCGAGUAGAUCGCCAUCUGCUGCUGGCAGGAAGCUAAAGAGGCGCACGCCUUCUUACCUCGGUGGCCCGACGCCUGGCGGCGGUGAUAACCUUCUCUCGGCACGGCAGCUUGCCGGCGGCGGCGUACUAUUGAUGAGUCAUAGCUGGCGCGCGAACCGUCGUGUAAAUAUUCCGUCUUCGUUUCGCCCGUCGUCUCUUGGUUUGUGCUUGUGUUUUUUUUCGCGUCAUCGACUGGGUCGAUGCGAUAUUCCGUGCAAUGUACGCUAACGUAGCGAGUGAACGCUCGGCUGCCGGUAUUGGCGCUCUCUGAGAAAGCAACAGGGCACUUUCAUGAACCAUGCAUAAGUGAUAGAGCGAGAUGUCAUGUCAGUAUGGGGAGGUUUUAGGCGGUUGUUGUGUAGUGGAGGUUUAGAAGGACUAAAGAGAGAAAAAAUUUCAACAAAUGCCUCUGUGGAUGAUGAUGCUGGAGAAAAGAGAGCUGAAAUUCGAUCAGAAGGAGUAAGCCAAUACUGCGUUAUGUACAUUAUGUACUCCGUCACACAAUUGAUGCACAAUGUAACCGAAAAAUUUGAGGAAUUUUAUGGACUGGUGGACGGGGUUGCAGAGCUCAGUCUGAGACGCACCUCUAGUCUAACUAUAAGCCUGCUAAAAAACCUGAUACUGCGACAUACAUCAUCCGCAUAUUGUAUCUAGAAUUGACGUGUGAAACCGUGAAACAUUAUGAUUAUUCUGAGAACUGCAAUGCAGCGCACCUAUCGUUGACUUUCAGCCUAAGUGUUCAUUCGGGGUAGUCAAUUUUAUAUUUUCGCUAAGCAAUCUCUAAAUAUAUACCUCUGUUUGGCGUUGGCCCGGACAAAGAUUGCUUGCCAGGUCGCUGCACCAGCAACGCGAUUACCGGGCCAGCGAUCCACUUUCGCAAGUGUCUCGCACAGGCUUACGUUGGCAGCGUCUGCGCAAGCUCCGACCCGCUCCGGCGUUCUUAACCAAACUAGACAUCCCAGCCCCUGCUUGGGACAGCGGUAACUGAGAGGCUGGUGUAGCUUGACUGGGCGUUCCGCUCUUCACCCUCCACACUCGCCAUACUCUCCCGGGGUUUUUCGAAUUCUAAAUUACGAAACGCCGCGCUGGGCAAAUUGGCUGGCUCCGGUGGUAAUUCCCACGGCGGGGGGCCUCACCCCUCGAUUAUCCCUUCCUUCGCCUCUCACUUGCAAACAGUGGCGCCGUGGAAGUGCAUCCAACGACCGACCCCUCCUCUUUCUCACGCAGCCUGGCUUUUCGCCCAUCACAUUCAGCUCCCUUCUAUCCAACGCAUCCCGGCCCAGAAGACUCGCGUCAGCGUCUGCUCGCCGUUUACUCAGAGCAGCUAAACCCCCCUUCGUUCUCGCCUUCGUUCGAAGCUCGAAGCGUGUGUUCCAAAUGACGCUAGUAUAGCGGAAAGUAAUGAAAAAAAAAAUAGCCAGACAGCAAAUAAAGACAGGAACUAGUGAAGAACCGCGAGAGACAGCUUGACAGAAACGUGCCGCGUUAAAGUGCCCGCCGCCAGCCGAGACUUCCCAGCACGGAUAGUCGCAGCGGAGUAUUCCAUCAGACCACGUCGUGAUCGGCUCCGCGUUCGUGUGGCUUGCACGUCUCGCUUCUCGCGAAUACGGCACUGGGUUGUUCUGUGAUCACCGUGUGCUCUCUUUUUGUAUUUGUUUCGCUUCUACUACGCUUCGUCGGAUGCGUUGGCCACGCCGAGCCCACCAUCGACACUCCAGCUGCAUCGCGCCCGGAUUAAGUGUGGCGCACAACGCCCAGGGAGAGACCAACGGCCGCCCCCGACUCCGACGCAGCAGCUUCCCCCAUUGACACGCCCGUCCUGACGCCUCCCUUGAACGGACACACGCACACUACUACAACGUUAUGUCGACCAGUGACGCAUUGGGUUCCUCGUGGCGACGAAGAGAAAAAUAACUCGUGCUACACGUACACUCCAAAGGCACAUGCAACAGAUGUUACACGUUGGCAACACGAUAACUGCAAGCGCGCUUUGCUGAGAGUCAUCUGUGUAUAAAGGAGAAGCAAAUAUAUUUCACGAAGAGUCGGUGAUUUGACGAGCUACAACGCCUUGUGGGGCAAGCGUGAGUGGUGACGGAGUAAAAUACGUCACUGGACAAAACUAAACUCUGAAAAUGGAUACACGAUCGACAUGAAAGAACUCUGCAGAUACUGAGGGGGACUUGUAAUAAUAUUUCGUUGAACGUGCGAUGAUAGGUGCGUCUCUUGUUUUCCUCGUACUGCUGUGCGCGGGUUUCCCAAACUCUGUGUUUUCUUUCGCUGUGAAUCGAGCGUGUGCGUGCUGCAGACUGUAGCGCUGCCCUUGUGAAUCUGUGUUAAGAACGUUGCUUCUCAUUUUUGUUCAUUUUAUUUUCAUGCUGGCAGAUCGGUGCAUCAUGUUGUUUUCUUUCUGCGGAAUCGCUUUACCUGAAACGACUCUCGUAAACUCACGUGUAUGCGUUAGCGCACACGCUUUCUACGGGCACUCUAUCAUAUCAAUUGUACUAGCUACUUAAAUUGAAUUUCACUAUAUGAUAGUGAUGAGAAAAUGAACAUGGAAAGGAGAGAACGAAAAACCUUGUCAUGGGAUCUGCUUUUGAAUUUGUUUAUGAAUGAAAAUCAAUGUAGGGAAUACCGGUAAACUAGAAACUGCUUACCAAGCAUAAUUCAAAAUUUGGCGUUGAAAGAGCCACUCCGUGUUCGUGUCGCGUGAUAAUGCGAGUACUCUGUGUUUUCUCACUUUGUCUCCAGAUGCUUUGGUACUUUUCUCCAAGUAUCUUUGAAUAUGUGUUGUUUUCUUGGUUGUGUGUGAUUUUCAAGGGAGACAGAGCCAUGAUUGCCCAAUGUUGUUGUUGUGAGAGAUACUAUUCACCGAGUGUUCGCAGAUGAGGGCUUCGUGAGUUUUUUUUUUUGUUUCACUUGCUUGCAAUUCACGUUGUUCGCGGGUGCCAUGGGUACGUGCAGUCUUUUAAAACACAGCGGAAAGCGAAAUUAUUGCUGUCCUAGUUUGUACAUUGCCUGACCUCACUGUGUGUGUGUGUGUUGUCACGAGCCUUGUCUUGAGGCAGGCUGCCGGAAGUAUUUGUUCCUUUGUACAAUGAAAUGACAGUGCCGGCUGUUAAGAGCCAUACUAGAUGUGUUCUUUUUUUUCCUUGUACAGUGGACAUAAUGGCUGUUACACCAAAGAAUAUGUAAUUUUAUGCCCUAGAUAUUUAUUUGUUGUAUGCUUUUUGUGCAUAAAUAUGGAGCAUUAUACUUGUUUAUAAGAUGGUUAGAAGUAUGUUGCGCGGCGGGCCUCGUUUUUGUUUCCCGUUUUUUGCUUUACAACGGAUGUUUGGCUUACUCGGCUUUUAAGUUUAUUCAGUUUUUUUUUAAGAUGGUUGCAUACUUUCGCACGAUUACUGCUUUACAGAGACAUUUCAUACAUUUCGUGGCCACUAGUAUGCGCAAUCUUCAUGUUAAAAUAUUGCGGAACCAUCAGCUUCAUCAGCUUCCUGCGACCGAAGAACCUGAGCUAGCCCAAAGUGUGAAAAAUAUCUGAUAUCAUCCUUUCAGUGAUGCGCAGGCUAGGCUUCCGCAUAAAAACAGACGUCGUCUCAGCAAAUGCAGUUAGCUGUGACGCAGGUUUAGCAUUAGUAAUGCUUGCCUGCAGCUUACCUGUGGAAAAAUGCCUAGAGAAAAGAGCGGGAGCGAAUAUUAAAGGGGGAGGAGGAUUUAAAGCCAAAGAACGGAGAUGUUAGCGAGCGAAUAUUAAAAAUCCCUCAUCAGCCAAACGGGAAGUAUGGCCGUUAAACCCCCGCACUAACUUUUUACAUACACAGACCGAAGCGUUAACGAUGCUUUAUUUGGCAACCUUCGGUGAACUUAACUCGAGUGCGAAAGCGUAUGACAGGUAUUUUAAGAGACUACACCAAUCUGAUGAUAGCAGCCUUUCGUAACUUUUCUUUAAAUAUUUCUGUCACUUUAGCUUUCGCUUGAACGCAGGAGGUGUAAUCUGUUUGCUUAGGCCAUGCUCAGAAACAUAUUCCGUCAUUGCAUACGCGAAAAUGAUGAUAAUAUUAGGAGUGCAUUGCGAUACUGAACUCCGUUUCACCAGCGUUGCUGUAGCUAAACGGAACAUCUUGAACAAUAUGUUAUUCGCGCGAUGUCCUCAGGGCAGCGUUUCUCUACUUGUGAUCGGUUUGGCAGGAUUUACGUGUUCAUCGCAUCUAAUUUGACCUCUUAUAAACAAAUAAAGAACGUGCAUUGUUUUCUAUCUGUGUUUCAAGACUUGUAAAACCCGCAUUUGACAUAUAGGCACGAAGUGUGACAUCCUUGCGCCUGUUGAACAAUUAUUAAGCCAAGUCAUAAACUAGUCAGAGGCGCUAGUUUCAUCUCGUGUUCUCGGUUGCGCGUGCUUUUUGUACACUCCUGCUUAUUUAUUUCCUGUAGUAGCGACCGUACUUCAAGUGGAUUUACAUAUUUUCGCAAUAUAGGUUUUCAAGAAUGAAGAGUUGUGAGUUUGAGCGUGACCUACUGUUGUGUUUUUAUUAUGUCACUUAAUCCUUUAAAAAUGAAAGGCAGCGAGAAAGGCCGACGAAAUAUCUGGGUGCCUCACUGUAAAUGAACCGUAAUAUUUUCUAUCAAUUUCCUAUGUACAAUGAACACUGAAUAAAGUACGAUGAUAGUUAAUAAAAUGAAUGAAAUGCACCAAAA